UAAUCUCGUUUGGACAGAGAGCGUCCUCACACACGGAGGAGACGCGUUUAGCACAGAAUAUUCUCAUUCUGACAGAUAAUGUCUCGUUGGUAGCAUUUAUUCAGAGCUGACAUAUUUUAUAUGAUAACCCGAGAGAAAUAUUCUCAGUAGCUUCAGUUGGACAAACAUUCUUUGGAUAAAUCCGGAAUUUUCAGCUCUCUGAGGAAUGAAUAAGUGGUAGCUCUUCAUCCAGCGUUUCCAUGCAACAGCGCAGGCGGCUGUGAAGCCACUGAGCACGCGGAGGGAUAGAUGCUGUUGCAGAGAGCGCCUGCACUGUAGAUCUGUUAGGUGUCUGUGGAGGAACCCCGUGCGCCCUUUUAAACCUAAUGGAGCUUCAAGUUGAUGGAGAGGAGCCGGUCCGGAGCUUAACGCAGCACGAUAGCGCGGAGAAGCCCGGUUCUCCUCCCCUGGCUUGUGAGCACUCGGGCAGCCCGCAGCAGGAGGAGCCCAGCAUAAUGAGGAGAAAUGACCACUACCUGCCUGUCCCUGGAGAGGAGAAGAACCUGGAUGGAGACUUUGCCAACACAAAGGAUGGGAGCAGUGUGUCCAUACCACUGAAAAAUCUUUACGCAGAUGAUGGCUCACCUCUGCCUCCCCGGCUUGGCCCAUACUUCUCUGAUGGCCGGCGGCGGGUGGAUUACGUGCUGGCAUAUCAAAUCCAGAAGCCGAGCAGCAUCCGGCGACAGUCAACCGGCAACAACUUCGUCAGACAGCUUCGACGCAGCCUGAGCAUCAGAAGUAGCAGAGCGCCGCUGCAGCCUAAGGAAGACCCAGAGAUCGCUGCCCAGGAACAUCGGACUGAUUAUCACGAGGACGACAAGCGCUUCAGGAGGGAGGAGUUUGAGGAAAACCUCCUGGAGACUGGGCUUGAGGUGGAAAAGGAUGAAGGGAGUAAGAUCCCUGGAAUCGGCUUCUUAAAGGUCCACGCUCCUUGGAACGUUUUGUGUCGGGAGGCUGAGUUCAUGAAGCUCAAGAUGCCAACAAAGAAGGUUUACGAAGUGAAGCAAGGCAGUAACGUGGUGGAGAAGAUUCGGCUGUUCAUUCAUAAAGUCACGGCUCCUCUCCACCCGAAAGUCGAUGCCAACAGACCUCAAAGUGUCAAAUCCCUCUCUCACCCUUUCUCCAGAGAGAAGCAGCAUCUAUUCGACCUGUCUGACCGGGACAAGUUCUUUGACAGCAAGACCAGGAGCUCAAUAGUCUAUGAGGUACUGAAGAGGACAAGAUGCACCAGAGCCAAAUACGCCAUGGGGAUCACCAGUCUGCUAGCUAACGGAGUCUACUCAUCUGCUUAUCCUCUGCAUGAUGGAGACAUCGAGGGAGUGAACGCAGAACCAAAUGACAGGAAGCUGCUGUACGAUGAGUGGGCCAGCUACAGCGUCUUCUACAAGUACCAGCCUAUUGGACUCAUCAGGAAGUAUUUUGGAGAGAAGGUUGGGUUAUACUUCGCCUGGUUAGGAGUCUACACGCAGAUGUUGAUUCCGGCUGCCAUUGUUGGAGUUAUUGUGUUCCUCUACGGCUGUGCGACUGUCGAUGAUAACAUACCCAGUAUGGAGAUUUGUGAUCCCAGGAAUAACAUCACCAUGUGUCCGUUGUGCGACCAAGCCUGCAGCUACUGGAAGCUUGUGUCAGCAUGUGGUACGGCCCGAGCCAGCCACCUGUUCGAUAACCCAGCCACCGUCUUCUUCUCCAUCUUCAUGGCCCUCUGGGCGGUUCUCUUCAUGGAGCACUGGAAGAGACGACAGAUGCGACUGAACUAUACCUGGGAUCUGACGGGCUUCGGUGAGGAGGAGGAGGAGGAACAUAAGGACCACAACCGAGCGGAGUACGAGUUCAAGGUCAUGCAGAAGACGAUGAGACAGGAACAUUCAACCCCAAAGGGGGAGAAAGUGAAGCUGACAUGUACGGACAGAAUGCCAGCUUACCUGACCACUUUGAUCAUGAUGUGCUUCAUGAUCGCUGUGACGUUCGCCAUCGUCUUCGGGGUCAUCCUGUACCGUAUCAGCAUCAAGGCAGCUCUGCACAUAAGCAGCUACCCUGCAGCCCGCUCCAACAUCAGAGCCACCGUCAAAACCACCGCCGCCAUCAUCAACCUCAUUGUCAUCAUCAUCUUAGAUGAGAUCUACGGCUCCAUCGCCCGCUGGCUCACCAAACUGGAGGUCCCAAAGACGGACAAGAGCUUUGAAGAGCGCCUCAUCUUCAAGACUUUUAUUUUGAAGUUUGUCAAUGCCUUCACACCCAUUGUCUAUUUGGCUUUCUUCAGGGGAAGACUUGUUGGGCGGCCUGGAGAGUAUUUGUACGUCGUUGGGUCGUACAGAAUGGAGGAGUGUGCCCACGCAGGCUGCCUCAUGGAGCUGUGCAUCCAGUUGUGCAUCACCAUGCUGGGGAAACAGCUCAUCCAGAACAACCUGUUUGAGAUCGGCAUACCAAAGCUGAAGAAAAUGAUGCGGCAAAGGAAGUCAGACUUGGAUUCAAAGGAGCAGGAGGAGCUGAACAAAUCGAUGCAUCGCCACGAGAAAGACCACAUCCUAGGUCCAUUUGUCGGCCUCAGCCCGGAAUACAUGGAGAUGAUCAUCCAGUUUGGGAUGGUGACUCUGUUUGUGGCCUCUUUUCCUUUGGCUCCGCUUUUCGCCCUCCUGAACAACAUCAUCGAGAUUCGCCUGGACGCCAAGAAGUUUGUUAUGGAUCUGCGCAGGCCGAUCGCAGCUAAAGCCAAAGACAUCGGUAUCUGGUACAACCUCCUGAGAGGUCUCAGCAAAGUAGCAGUCAUCGUUAAUGCCUUUGUCAUCUCCUUCACCUCUGACUUCAUCCCGCGGCUCGUCUAUCAGUACGCGUACAGCCCUAAUGGCACCAUGCACGGCUUCAUCAAUCACACCCUGUCCUACUUCAACGUCAGCGACUUCCAGCCAAACACAGAGCCUCUCCAGCCCAUGCACCUGGGCUACCAUGUAGAUGUAUGCAGGUACAAGGACUACAGAGAGCCUCCGUGGUCCGACGAGCGGUAUAAUUUCUCAAAGGAGUUUUGGGCCAUUCUGGCUGCUCGCCUCACGUUCGUCAUCGUCUUUCAGAACCUGGUGAUGCUCAUGAGUGACUUUGUGGACUGGUUGAUCCCGGACAUCCCCAAGGACAUCAGCCUGCAGAUGCACAAGGAGAAGAUCCUCAUGGUGGAGCUCUUCAUGAAGGAGGAGCAGGGCAAAAGGCUUGCAGCGCGGGACAACCACAACCAUGACAACUACACCUCCCCCUCAUCUGCCAAUCAGAGCCCAUCACAGCCCCGCUCGCGACCUGUAUCGCACGCAAACUGCUCCUAAACUUCUUAAGCUGCGGGGCUCUGAGAAAACAAGCAUAAACAGCAACAAGCAAACACAUGUACACAAACUGUAAAUAAGUCGACUGGCUGCUUUAACCCAGCUGGUAAAAGUUCUGACGGUUUCUCAUUACGUUUUUAAUACUAGCAAUGCUUUGCUGCUUUCAUGCGGUUUGGGAAUAUUUGCAGAAACGACCUGAUAGCUCAACUUUGAAAUGCUCAUAUUACAGUUGUUGUUUGCCUCUUUUCAAACCUUUCCUUAAGUUACUAAGUCAUUAACCACAAUUCCAGGAGAUACUCAAACAGCACUGAUAGGAAUAAAGAUCACGACACAUUAUUUAUUGGAUGUAUUUGAAAGGAAAAAGCCAUUAGCUUUAUUGGACUCGGGGGGAUUCACCUUGUUGCGACCAUUAUUUAGGACGUCUGAGAAAGCAAUCACAGGAACCGAUUUACAAGCAGUAAAUUAAUAUGACAUUCAUCCGGGACGUCCUCCGCCAAUCCGUCCACGUGGUCCUGCUGAGAAGAUCCCUCAAGGUAUCUCACUGCUGAGAUCCUCCCUCCUGCCAUCAACGUGUAAAACUCAGAUCGGCUUUUUUUGUUUGUUUUUGCACAAUUAUAAAGACGGCAGGAAUUUAUUGAUGUACUGUUUUUGAAUAUGCAACAUGUUCAGGCGCAUGUGCUGUGGUUGUUGGGAUCAAAUCAAGGUUUUAGAAGCGAUCUGUCGAUUUGUACGAUUCUCUUUUACAAGCACGAUACUGCUCAAUGUUACCCUUUGAAUACUAACAAACCGCCUAACAGGGCUCAGUGCCAUGACUCCAAAAGCACAAGUCACAUUUUGACUCUCUUUGAUGAACUGGAAUUCUUAAAAGUGAAAAUGAUGAGAUUUACGUCAAAAACACGACAUGAUGUCAUUCUCCAUCUCACCUUACAGAGAUGCUGAACUUUAGAUACUUACCUUUCAAUAUACAGAGGAUCCUUUCCACAUGAUACGAUCUCAGAGUCGUGUCUUAAAGCUGUGGUGACUGAUUUUUUUGGUGCUUGGGGACAGCAGCAUGAGCUGAAAAGGCGACGUAAACCAAAUGUCAACAAACUAACCUGUUACAGUUAAUGUCAAAGUGAACAAUUAGUUAUACAGAGAGAAACAUACACAUCAUGUUCAGGGUCUUUAGCCUCUCAGCGCAGUAUUUAAUACAAUUUCAGCUCAAAAAAAUACAUUUUUCCUUGGCUCUUUGAGCGAAUCGUUGCUGAAAAUAAGAAGCUAAAAAGUUUUUGAGACACAAAACCAAAACAUGAAGCUGCAAGAAGCCAAAACGCUUUGUAAAGCUGUUGGGUCCAUGAUCCAAGGUUUUUGUGGUAAUUAGCGACAUUUAGCAGAACAAACUUGGUAGAAAUGUAAUAUGAUAUUCUUAAAAAAGGUGCAUUUCGACCAAGAGUUCUGGGGUCUUUUAGCCCCCAGAACUACUUUACCCUGAACUAAAAGGUUCCUGUGCCCCCAUUGUUGUCUGCGUUUCGACCGUGGGCUGAAGUCCCGGGUAGAUUGUGUAAAUCAGGCCAGUGACGUAUGGAGGAAAGAAAGUAAAUGCACUACACCACCAGACCAGUAGAGGGCAGUAAAACAAAGAUGAAUGCCAUUCAUCACAGAUGACACCGUAGGAGCAGACGGACAGGCAGGUAUCAUUAUGAGCAACACAACAGUUAGCCUGUUAGCAUGAAGAGACUCAGCUGGUGCUGUUUUAGAUGGUGCUAUAUUUCAUCACAGAUGGAUUCACUGAAUCAACACGUGAGAGGAGAUAAGCGCGAGUAGCAAAGACGUUUCAACACGGCUUUAAAAUCCUUUUGAACUCAAAAAGCCGUGGCAGAGAUCGGACGGUGUUUUGGUUUAAACAGCGACCCUGUUAACUGGAGACUUUCAGCCGGAUGCAUCCCUCAUAAACAUCUUUAGACGAUCAUUAAAUAUCUGAUGAGGAUAUUUUGAAAUCUUAAUAAAAACUAAACUAGUUUGCAUUCCCAGGAACUCCCUCUGUGUUUCAACAGCUGUGUAAACUCCACAAACACUGACACGUUCAGCUGAAGGUCUCCAGUUUACAGGGUCACUUUUAAAACCGGAACACCGGGAGAGACAGAUUCACGGUGGGCUGAGAGAAGACUACUGUUACAAGCUGCUAAAUCAAGAGAAUCACAGCUUCUUCUUUUGAAAAGUACACACACAUACAAAAAAGAUAGAACAAAUAAAAACUAAUGAAAGAAAGAGAAAUCAAGAGAAUCACAGAUGUGUGUGAUGUUAUUGUGGACGGAGGGAGGAAUAAAAACACUGCGGUUAAUAAGACAUGUUCAGCAUUGCAGGCCCUGCCCCCCAAAAGCUUUGAAAAGUACUACCCUCCGAGCAGGGACUUUUCAGGGGGAGAUCAUCUACCCCUGAACUAAAUAUAGACCCUGGGUCCACCGGUUGAAACGCACGUAGUUCCCGGGUAAAGUUCCUCUGAUCGAUGAACGCCUUAUGAUUAUGUGAGUAUUUAAUCACCUGAAUAUAAAAAAUAUAUAUUUAACUUUAUAUUAAAUAUAAAAAGGGCGACAUCCUGCACUGCUCUGUUUCUACAGUAGUACAAGUUUUUGCAUUUAAUGAGUGCCAAAUGCACUCAUUUGAGAGUGGUAGAGUUAGUAUUGGUGGAUGUUUUUGAUAGUACAGACUUGACCAAAGGAGGAUCAUACUUAUCAUGCAUCACAGGAGCUUUUUGUCUUUGAAGGCCACAGUCAAACACUUUCAUUCUACAAUCUGGCUGCUAGAUGUCGCUAAAUACUCUGAUUUCUAUCCACUGUACCUUUAACAUGACUCGAUUGAAGUGUUCAUCUGCUGCUCCCCUAUAGUCUCUAUAAAUCAGCUCAUGCAGGUUUAAAUAACUGCCAUGAUGAUGUCUACCACACAGAGGAGUCUCCUUUAGAUCACAUUCCACUAACUUUGACAGAAUUUGUCUCUGUCUUUGUGCCCAUGACAGGGAGAUGUUAAAUUAUCCAGCUCAGAGUUCAGAGGAUGAAAACAUGACAUCUUUGGAAAUCUUAACUCAGCUUUUUAAAAGGUGUUUUGCAGAAUAGCAUCAUUUGCCCGUGCAGCAGCUCAUAAUACACGUUAGUUAGCAUUAACAGUUACCAACUGUAAACUAUAUAAAGCUGUUCAUUUUGAAUCUGUUGAAAUAUGAAUGCAAAGGAUGAGUCCUGAAAAUGGAACUAACUCAUGUUUAAGGGGACGCAGGAUUUAACAUUUGCUUAACACAAUGUCUCCAGAAACCAGCACAAGAGUGUUGCUCAAGGGAACUAUGGUGACAGCUGUUUAAGGAGAAUAGUGACACUGUUUACCUGCCUUAUAAUCUCCCACCUGCUCAAGGGAUCCAAACCAUCACCUUUGUGAAAACUCACUGGCUCAUUUGAGAUGUCCGUUUGUCGAACCAGGAAAGGCAGCACUGUUUUAAUAUGAUUACAUUGCCUUAUACUAACCGCAUAAAUCAUCUGCAUUUUCCUAAAGCUGCAUUUCUUAAGCUACUCAAGCACAAAGACUGAAUACUUCUUUGUUUUGUAUUUAUGAACCUGCAAAAACACACGUGGGAGUGACUGGAUGUCACUUUGAGGAUUGUAAAUGUACUGUGGACUGAAGUGUGCGGUCUUGCGUACAGUCUACACUCGUCGAUGUGUCAGAUCCUGCACCCUGCUGUAAAUACAUCAGGCUACCCCAAAUCGAAGCCCUCAACCCAGACUGAUGGAAUGUAUUUGACUUUUUAAGUUUCAGUGAUGUUUUAUCACUUUAGGUCAAACUGUACUCUGCAUAUGUUUCUGUACUCUUUUAUUAUGAUGCAUUUCUUCGUGUACGUCUAGUUUUAGAGGGUUUAUCAGCUCACAGGGGACCAUAGAUCUGAUGGUUUAAAUUGUUAUUCAAUGUAAGUCGUCACUUUGGACCUUCUGGGCUGUUCACUCGAGGAUGUCUGGGAAAGCAUCUGUCCGAGUGCAGCCUUUAAAGACAUUUUUAUCUUAUAAGACGUGACUUCUUUCUGGGAUACCACUUUGCUCUUCAAAGCAGAAACUGCACAUUUUAUUUUGAUCAAGUCUUAAUACUGUUACAGAUGUGUACGUUAGUAGGGUUAGUGUUGAUAUUCAGUGAUAGGUGACAAACUGCUGCAGGGAUGCAGAGCCUGUUUUAGCUAGAAGAUCUUUAGCCUCUGAUUCUUUAAUAACCUGAUGUCACAUGUGAAGACCGUCGCUCGGGUGUCUUCAUGAGAUGUCCUUCUCCUGCCGUCUGAUUCUAUGUUGUAUUGAGAGCAUCAAUAAAACACAAGUUGUGACAUGCUAACAUCUAUAAUAAUGUAUGUCGAAGCACAUUUCACAACAUGUGUGUAUGCAUGUAUACGCGAUUUGUCUGUCUCUGAUAUUUUGAAUCAAUUUUUUUGUUUAAACUUACUGCAAAUAAAUUAGAGAUGAACUGCG